UCACAAGUCACAUGACCGUGCUGGUUGAAAACGAGGAAGUCAUGGGUUGUUUGGAGUGACGGCCCAAAACAAAACUGUUUUUCAGCCAUGUCGCUGCACAGAUACAAUCUGGGUCUUCUACUUAUAAUUCUAAAUAUUUAUUCUCUUGGACUUAUUGAUGCCUUGAACGCCACCGCUUCGGAUUCAGCUGCAAACCCGCUACAAGCUCCCAGUUAUCACAGCCACGGCUCCUCUGCCGCGGUCAGCUCGCCUGUUUACAAGCCUGCUGUGGACUCUUCGUACCGGAUCAAUCUGCUGUCCUCCUUCCCCGAGGACCUGGAGUUCAGCGAGUACUGCACAGAGCUGCUCCGGCUGUUCGGUCAGCGGUAUGUAGCUUAUGUGAACUGCCUGGUUCCUGCUGCUCGACCCGUCAGAGUGUGCCAGAACUGCUCCCCAGGGUAUAGCAGCCUCUCCGAAGUCUUCCUCAACAUCUCAUCAGACAAGUUGGGUCCUGCUAAUGUGAGCUGUAGGGACAGCAUUCUGCGCAGUGACCGACUGAUGCUCGUCUUCCUUCUCUACGGCAGCCUGGAUACCAUUUGGAAAAAAUCAAAUUGUAAACAAUGUGUGACUACGGAUUUAACAGGCCCGAACAAUGACACACUUUACUACCUGACUCUUCUCAAUCAAACCAUCACCUGUUUUGAGAAGUAUAAAGAGGGUAACCAUACAGAACUGUGCAAAAACUGUAAAAAUGCUUAUAAGGGACUGAAUGACUUGUACAGUGGAAUGGACAAGAAUAGCACCCUGUGUAUUGACUUGGAGGAUUCGAUGAAUAUGACCCGGAAGCUCUGGAGCAAGAACUUCGCUUGCUCCUUACCUCGCGAGGAGACGAUUCCUGUCAUUGCUGUGUCCAGUUUUAUGCUUUUUCUGCCCAUCAUCUUCUACUUGAGCAGCUUCCUUCACUCGGAACAAAAGAAACGCAAGCUCAUACACCCCAAGCGAGCAAAGUCACACACCAGCCUGAUGAACAUUCAGGACAAACAAAGCUGAAAUAAACGUUUUUUGGAUUUGGACAACUUGUGUGGUUAUCCUUCACCAUUUCUGAGGUGUUUUUUUGGCUUCCAUAAACAUAUGACUAAAGAGCUAUUUUGUUUUUACUUUUUUCUUCUUCUUAACCAAUAAGAGUAUUCACAAGACUGGGAUGGAUCAAGAUAUAAUUAGAAAGAAUAGAAAUGCACUCAGCUGUAAAAUGUCCAAAAAGGGUUUGUGUUCAUUAAAUGUUUGCUUUCACAUCCUAUUGGGAGCUUUUCUUAAAAUUCAUCAUCCAGGAGGUAAUUUUGUAUUAUUAAUUACAAAAAUAUAUAAAUGAUUACGUUUGGGAUAUGUAAUGCAGAACUUUACAGUUUAAUUACGUUAAUCAGUUAAUAAAAAUCUGAGUUAAUCAUGAAUAAUUUAAAUGUUAAUUUUUAAAAAAAAAUUGCAACCAGUCUGCUUAGUUACAUAUUACACGAUUAAUACCUUCAAUGCAGGUUUUGUGUUUAAAUCACUUUAACUUCUAACAUUGUAAACUAAUCAGAUGGUUAAUAACAUAUCUGCACAAUAUCCUUUUAAUUCUCGUUUUCUUUUUAACUUGUUAACAAUCUUUGGGUUGUUAAGUGCAUCCUGCUGUCACUAUAGAAAGUGAGUGGCCUGAAUAUCGUGUGUGUGUGCGUGUGUGUGUGUGUGUAGCUGUAUGUGCUCUAUUUAUGGAUGGAGAAAUGGGUUUUCUGUCUCUAAUGUAUGUCCAGAAGAGAGCUGCAAAAAGGAAGCACUUGAUGUCCAUUAGUGGUGACAUGUAACUGCUGUAAGAAGGAGGGGUGAGGGCUGGGGGUGCACAUUGGUUGGCUGGGGAGUAAAUAAAGACAUUAGACACAAUGUAAGAGCACUCCAAAGUACCACACUGUGAUGUUACCUGUUUUCUAGUCAGCUUCGUUUUUUUUGUUUUUUUUUGAGGUUGCAUAAAGCUUUUAAUGUGCUCUGUUGUUGUUUUGCACUGAUAUUUGAUUUAAUUUGUUAAGGGUUUCUGCAUAAAAUCAUCUUCAGGAUGGAUGAGUAUUAUGUUGAUAAACAUGCUCCAAAGUAAUGCAAACUUUAAUUUUCAAAUGCAAAUAAAUUCAUUUUGUCACAAACAA